AUGCCCUUCGUUACGGGGCCCGACCUGGGACCACUCGUGCAAAAUCAUCAGCGGCGCAGCGGCGAUGCGGGCGCACAGUGGCCGCCGCAGCAGCCAUGCGCCAUGCAAUUCAGGCUUUCGCAGCCGCGGAAGAGGGCCCUGCCAUUUGCGUCGCUCGUGACAAUCUCCCGGGGCGCCGCUGCAAAGCAG